AUUCAAAAUACAGACAAGCCUAGGCAUACACCGAGCGACCGACCCGACCGCCGGACAGGCAAUGCACGGUGCGCUUACCCGACCGAGAGAACCGGUGGCCCGGACAAACUGACCACCCGGGGAACGGUUGAAGAGCAUCCGCCACACCUCUACACCAAACCGUGAUUAUUGUUGUUAUUUAUUUUAUUUCGUUAUAUAUAUUUUUUAAGCCGUUCCCUUUUCCUCCAAUAAGCAUCAAGGCACCAAGCUACCUGUCAAAGCAAUCUGUUAUAGAGGUUAUCGCUGCAGAAUUGCAGAGACAACGAUGACUCUCGGGGAUGAUCUGACAACAGCCGCGGCGAAGGGGAACACGGCAGCUGUGGAGUUUCUUCUGCAGGAAGGAGCUGAAGUUAACGGGGUGAACUGUUUCGGACGAACCGCUCUGCAGGUGAUGAUGAUGGGGAGUACGCCUGUGGCUAAGGUGUUACUGACGCACGGAGCUAAUCCCAACGUGGUGGACUGCAGCACCGGGGACACCCCGCUGCACGACGCGGCCAGGACCGGUUAUCUGGACACUGUGCGGCUGUUGGUGGAAUACGGGGCUGACCCACAGGCCAGGGACAAUAAAGACUGUCGGCCUAUUGAUUUGGCCGCAAAAUACGGCCGUGAAGAUGUGGUAGCUUUCCUGGAGUCUCUGUAAAAAUAUAUCUGUGAUGCUGUGAUUUUUUGUUGUUUUGGAUCGGGGCGCAGGGUUCUGAGAACCGGGGCCUGAGGAGGCCCUGCAGCCUAAAUCACGCAGAGACUGCUCUGCUGUAAAUGCAUUUUUAUUUAUUUGUCUGUUUUUAGCUGAAUAGAUAUCUUUAUUUUUAUUUUAAACGAAAUCAGGGUGAUCCAUAGGCACAGGGUCGCUUAUAGGACAAAUAACACGAGAUAUAAGUACAGUAUUGUUAUAACGAUUCGGGCAAUUCAGUACCGAAGCUCAGAGCGACAUUAACACAAUACUUCUGUCUUAACUUCCGUUUUAUCGCAGAAAUACUCCGACAAACAUAUAAGCAAUCCAGUCUAGUCUACAGUGUACAGUUUUACUGUCGUAUUUUUACAGUAUUGUAAUUUUAAAGUAGGAUUAUGGUUCGUGUUUUGUCAUAAACCUAAUGAGAUUAUUACAUUUUGAAUAGCUUUCCAUGUAAAAUAUUUAACCAAAUAGCCUAACACAGAAGCCAUUGGAAAUGUUUUUGCACAUUUGAACAUUACUAUCUUUAACUGAUGCACUGUUCUGUAAGCAUUAUCUCUGUGCUGCACAGACAUGGAGUCCCACUUCCUGUUUGUAGUGAUAUCCUCAUCUCGGUUAUUAUAUGCACUUUAUAAUAAAAUGUCACUUCUUAAGAUUAAGUUGAAGUGUAUGAAGGAAGGAAGUAGGUUAUAAGCAAAAAAUAAUCUCGUUAUGCUUCACAAAAUGUCUGCAGACUGAUUUGCUGUUAGGUACCGGAGAAUUAAAAAAGAAAAACAGAAUCAA